UAACACGAGCUAUUCAUUGGAUGCGCCGUCUCACGAUUGCUCAGCCAGAUUAGGCAGAAGGCGGGGGCUCUUCAACAAGCUCUCGCGAUGUCAGCUAUAAGAUUUCCUUUUGAUUUGGUGCGACUGAAGGCAUGUUGCAUGUCACAGUCUACUUUCAGCCCCCGUAUCAGUAUAUAUGACCUCUCACAUCGAUCACGAACCUUGGAAUCUCAUCCAACAGCCAACGACCAUGCCACCAGCUCCACCAAACUAUUUUAGCGAUGAGCAGUCACCUGAUGUCUGCUCGGUCGAGCCACAGGUUGAGAACUCUGAAGCCACCAAAUCAACCGAGACGUCUUUCGUCGAGAGGAAGGAGGAUACGCCGCAGCUAAAGCGCAACGAAACAACCGAAUCUUGGUAUACAGACACUGUGGACUUCGCCCGUCGUGGCGUACCUCGCCCCCUCGACCCAUAUGACGAGUUCGUUCGACCACCUCGCCUAGCGCGCCCCGCUCGGCGCGUUCCGCCGCCUCCUCCACGCUGGCCUACAACGGAUCCAGCUGCACCUAUACUGAACUCCUCUGUCCAGUUGCUCGAUCAGCUCAACUACGAUGGACUUGCUGAUCUUCCCUAUCCUGCCAAAUCAAGCAUCUACCUCUCUACAUUUCCCUUCACCGACAAAGACGUGAGGGACUGGAGCUGGCUGUUGCAGUUGGGCAUCGAAGGCAAAUUCCUGUCCAAGCAAGGAGAUAUGCGAGAUGAUGAUGGCGACGAUGAAGACGACUGGUUCUAUCCAGGAGACCGUCGCGGCCGCAUUACGGUUCGCUCAGUCCCGCACCGUGGUCGUCGCGACCGUUCUCCAAUCUAUCCGUACGACCAUGGAGCCGAAAUUUCCUGUGUGUACCUCUCGCGCGCACUUGAUGCUGCUGUUGUUCCUGAGUCGUCGGAGAUGGAGUUUAGGUUCGUAAUUGUGGUGCGGAACUCUGGGCGAGUUGGUGGGGGUAUAAAACUGCUCACGGCUGGGAGCCGCAAGGCUGCAGGUAUCCUCAUUUACUAUGAAGCUUUAGUCGGGUAUUCCGUGGUGUUUGUAGGCGCGAUGAAGGAAGGCGUUGAGAAGGGAACCAAGGCGUCCAAGUACAAACGGGCUGAGACUGUGGAAGAGGCUGCCACGAUGGCGAAUGAGGGCGUCGUAGGUGUUAUCUGCUAGAAGAUGUUUGAUCCGUGAUUCAAUAUCGUAUCAAUCUUUAGUUUGUAUGCAGUAUAAGAAAACCCAAUGACCUAUAUUUCUCACCCACC